GACAACGGUAUUGCUGACUCUCUCUCUCGGUCCCAGUUCCACAGAUGCAGACGCAGACCCCACCCCCACCCAUGCCUUCAAGAUAGACUGCUAACUCGGAAACUGGAACACCUCCAGACACUGGGUAUCGCUCCCUCAACCAGGCGGACGUACCAGGCGGGUGUCCACCAUUACCAGCAGUUUUGCAGGCUCUAUGAUCUCUCCCCAUGGCCGGCUUCAGAGCUCACACUCCGAUACUUCUGCACACACGCAUACAAGACCCUCUCACACGCUACCAUCCUAGUGUACCUGGCAGCCAUCAGGCACCACCACCUACAAUUGGGUCACACAGAUCCUCUUGUGCAGAGGCCCCUUCUGGCGUACCUUUGCAAAGGUAUAAAACGGCACCAGGGAACCAAGGGCAGAGUGAGACUACCACUGUCAGCAGCCAAGCUGGCUGAGCUACAACAACACCUGGGACAUUUACACCUACCUUCAGUUGAUAAGAUAGCUGUAUGGGCGGCCCUUUCCCUGGGG